AUGGGCUCAGCUUUGGCCAUGCUGUAUUCCCUACUGUUCAUGACCGGCCUUGUGGGAAAUGCUUUGGUUGUUUGGUCUGACCUCCUCUUUGUUUUUUCCCUCCCCUUCUUGGUUCAGUACUCCAUUAUAAAGCAGUGGACUUUUGGAAAUGCGAUGUGUAAAAUCAUCAGCUCAGCUUACUUCAUUGGUUUCUACAGCAGCGCCUUCUUCAUAACCAUAAUGAGUGUCGACAGGUACUUGGCCAUUGUCCAGUCUGUCUAUGCUCUGAAGGUUCGGACAACUGCCCAUGGGGUUGUCACCAGCCUGGUCCUUUGGGCAGUCGCCAUUUUAGCAUCAGUUCCAGACUUAAUUUUUUUCCAGGAAACGAAUUACGAUAACCAGACUAAGUGCAUCCCUCACUAUCCUGAGAGCAACAAUGGCUGGAGGAUUUUCAGUAAUUUUGAAGUCAAUGUCCUGGGGUGGCUCAUCCCUGUUUGUGUCCUCAUUUUCUGCUACCACAGCAUCUUGAAAAACCUGCAGAAGUGCCAUACUCGGAACAAGUACAAAGCAAUGAAACUGGUUUUUAUUGUCGUCAUAGUAUUCUUCCUCUUCUGGACCCCCAUCAACAUUGUGCUUUUUCUGGACUCUCUGAGGAACAUGUACAUAAUUGACGACUGUCAGACAAGCCGAAGGCUAAACCUAGCCAUCGAGCUGGCUGAGGCACUCUCCUUCAUCCACUGCUGCCUCAACCCGGUCAUCUAUGCCUUCGUGGGUGAGAAGUUCAAAAAGCAUCUCCAUGAAGCUUUCAGAAAAUAUGCACGUUUUUUGUUGAUCUGCAAAGACUACAGUGCUUUCAAUGGACGCAACCUGGACAAGCACUCCUCUCUGCAUGCAACAUCCUCACAGUCAUCUUUUGUUGGCACUGUCUUGUAG